GCGAUUUUAGCGUUUCUUGGGGUGUUUAAAAACGAGAAUCUUGCCUGCAAUCAGAAGUACUGCCUGUAUUUCUACCCCGAGGAGGUGGUUCGUCAUCACUUCGGACUGUUUCAUCCACACCUAUAAAGUGAUUGAGACCUUCAGUGAAGCUCCUCCUACAACAAUCCACCAAUAACACACAGAGAAAUCACUUCAUGUGUGACAACUGAAAUCUUCAUGACUUAUUGUUGGUGCUGGUGAAAGAAGAGCUUGAGAAGAUGAAAGAUCCACAACCAUGUAGAAUAAAGACUGAAGAUACUGAAGAGCAAAUAGACAUGAUAGAAGUGAAAAAGGAGAGUCACGAUGAAGUGGAUGAGAAACAUCAGAUUGUUUCACAGAAAGGAACUCUCAAAACAGAAGACAUAAAGUGUGAAAUGAGUUUCAGUCAAGAUGGACGCCCUGAGGAUCACAAUAGGACUCACAGCGAGGAGAAGCCGUUCACAUGUCAUCUGUGUGAAAAGAGUUACAGAUUUAAAAGUAAACUUGAGACUCACAUGAGAACUCACACUGGAGAGAAACCACACGUGUGCCAUAAGUGUAAAAAGAGUUUUAUAUUUACAAGUAACCUUGAGAUACAUUUGAGAAUUCACACUGGAGAGAAACCUUACAAGUGUCAUCUGUGUGGAAAGAGUUUCACAGUUGAAACUACCCUUAAGACACACAUGAGGAUUCACACCGGAGAGAAACCUUACACAUGUCUUCAUUGUGGAAAGAGUUAUAUAUCUUCAAGUGACCUUACGAGACACACAAGAAUUCACACCGGAGAGAAACCACACGCGUGCCAUGAGUGUGGAAACCGGUUUACAAACUCAGAUACCCUUAAGACUCACAUGAGAAUUCACACUGGAGAGAAACCUUACACGUGUGAUUUGUGUGAAAAGAGUUUCAGAGUUAAAAGUAGCCUUAACAUACAUGCAAGGAUUCACACCAGAGAGAAACUGUUCACAAACCAUGAGUGUAAAAAAAGUUUCAGAAGUAAAAUUAACCUUAAAUAGCUAACUUAAACUUAUUUUAAAAACAAACACUUGAAUUUACAUCAGCAUGAUAAAAACUACAGCAAAUGACAGAAACCAGCUUUGAAAAAAAGAUAAUUGAAGUGUAAUUAAAUUGUCUAGUUGGUCUCAAGUCCCAUUGAAUAACAUGAUGGGGGAGGCGGGGUUUAUGGUCUAUACUACGACCAGUCACUGGGGGGCGAUCCAGACGUUUUGGCUUCACUUAUCAGGGCUUGGGCGGGACGCUUGUUCUAGACCAAAAAAUGCCAGAGUUAUAUUAAUUUGAAGGUGCACAUCACCUUUUUACCACUCCCCACUCAAAAAGGGCUGCGCCAGUUAAAGGGUUAAUGCUAUAAAAAGGUGGUGUCACGUCAUGAUUGACAGCUGUGAUAUGCCGUUCUGCGAGGGCGGGCCUUGAUUUUGCGGCUUUAUUCCCUGCUCACUCACCAGCGCUUACAUUGUGAAGAUUAAACAUUUAACUCUUAUGGCAUUGCAUCAGCCACAUCAAAAGAUUUUUUUAAAUCUUAUCAGAUCAGAGACCACCAACAUUAUGAAAAAAAAACUAUGAUUUUCCAGUUUUGUUCCUAUAGUAUGUGGUCUUCACAGCACACCACACAUCUUCAAUUUCCCUCCACACAAGUUCA